AUGAAUAAUGAACACCUAGACUUCAUCACGGUGAACACCACCCUCCCAACCCUCCCCCUCCCCCCUCUCGCCACGCGCAAGCCCGUCCUCACCGAGCGUCUCAUCCUCAAGCCCGUCAGCCAAGACGACCUGCCCGCCCUGCACGCCAUGCGCUCACAGCCCGAGGUCAUGAGGUGGGCCGUCGCCGGCCGCCCCGACGCCGACCUCGACGAGACGCAGGCCUGGCUGGACCACAACCUCCCGCCCAACGACGCGCACAAUUACAACUUUACCAUCUGCCUCCGCUCGACGGGUGAAUUCGUCGGCCUCGGCGGCGUCAAGCGUAUCGGCCCCAGCAGCCCCGGCCUACCCGGCGGCGAGCUGGGCUGGCCCGAGAUCGGAUACCUCUUCUGCAAAGAGGCCUGGGGCAAAGGGUACGCCACCGAGUUCCUGCGGGGCUUCGUCGGCGCGUGGUGGUCCCUGCCCCGCUCCGCUGCGCCUGCGCUCCGGGUUGAGAAGAGCGUCAUCGGGGAGGUGACCCGGCCGUUCCAGGGCGCGGAGGAGCAACCCAGGUCCGAGUACGAGGUGGUGGGGGAGGUUCUCACCGCCGUGACGGAGCUGGACAACUUGCCCAGCCAAAAAGUCUUGGAUAAGACGGGCUUCCGAAAGCUCAAGGUCUGGGCAGAAGUCGAUGAAAAGACGCAGGAGACGACGACGCUUGUCGGCUAUGGUAUCGAGGCGCCAAAAUAG